AUGGACGCCGCCAUGAUGGAAACAUCCCGAUCGAUCCCGAUGCGGCCCCCACCCCUCUGCGUUUCCAGGCACGCUCCUCGAACGCAAAGCAUUCUGGGAACUGUAGGCGGCCAGACAGACAGACAGACAGCCAGCAUGGAAGGCGCUGCAGAGAGAAGCGUGGAAGUGAAAUGUGGAAACAACUCAGGAGAGGACGACAGCUGCUCGGAUACCGAUUUUGAACCUUCAAAACUGGGGACGAGAGAAUACUGGGAAGAUGCAUAUCAAAAAGAACUUGAGACAUUCACAGACAUUGGGGAUGUUGGUGAGAUAUGGUUUGGUGAGGAAAGCAUGAGCCGUGUGCUGCGAUGGAUGGACAAAGCUAAGAUCCCAGAAGAUGCUGCCAUUCUUGACAUCGGCACUGGAAAUGGAGCCUUUCUAGUUGAACUGGCUAAACAUGGAUGCAGGAAUCUGACUGGAAUAGAUUAUUCUCCAGCAUCUGUAGAAUUGGCCAGAAACGUUCUGCAGGCGGAGGACUUGACGGCUGUCACUGUAAAGGAAAUGGAUUUCUUAAACUGCCAUGGUGACCUAAAGGGUUUUGAUGUCUGCAUCGACAAAGGCACAUUCGAUGCGAUCAGCUUAAACCCUGACAGCGCUAAGGAGGACAAAAAACAGUAUGUCCAAGUUCUAAAAGAUGCUCUCAAGGACAAAGGAUUCUUCGCUAUCACUUCCUGUAACUGGACAAAGGAGCAGCUGCUGGAGAGAUUUAGUGAAGGAUUUGAGUUUGUAGAGGAGUUACCUACACCAAGCUUCCAAUUUGGAGGCAAGAAGGGGAACAGUGUUACAGCCCUCAUCUUCAAGCGAAAACAUUGAUUCACAUGUGCCCAGAGGAUACUUUUUGUGUGUCGUCAAUUUCCUUUUCUUUUUUUCUGUUUAUCACAGAAAAUUAUAAAAACCUGUACAUACUUUUUAUAACAAUACUUGAUUCACUUUUAAAGGAUAUGUGUAAUGACGCAGGCAAACAGUGUAACUGAGUGGAGUUCUCUUGUAAUAAAUGUUGUUUUUGUUUUGUUGCGGUCGUAUCAUCUUACCUUGAUCCACAGUGCUAAAGCAACCUGUAACUUUUGUAUGAAAUUGUUCAGUAAUAUUUGUGAAACUGUUAUGCAGAGAAGAUGCUCACAUGGAACCUUUUAAUCUCUGAAUAACAAGUUCUCUCUGACCCCUGACGUAACGUAGCUGCCCAUGUCUUGUGACAUCAAGAGACUCAAAUUUAAACUCCUCCUCCUUGUUCCCCACUGACACUUUUUUGACUGUAACGUUCCUCUACUUGUAAUACUUUAGACAGACGAUUAUUCAAUCUCUGAAUUUAAGCCCAGUGGCUAAAAUGUGUUCUAUAUUUAUUUUAUAAAGGGCUUAGAAGAGAAAGGAUAUACACAGUAACUUACGCUGAACAUUUUUCCCCGUUCCAUAAAUCAUCUUAUAGCCCCUCCAGGUAUGUUGCAAGGACCCUGAUGAGAGUCCUGACCCACAGUUUGAAAACCACUGCUCUGUCCUAAUGAAUAAUGAAUUGCAUCCAUCUUUCAUGUCAUGUGAAAAAUAGCCUUUACCUAAUUGGCUCAACUGGAAACCAGCAGAGCUUUGGAUCCUGAGGACUGAUUAGGAACUUCUGACAUAAUGAGUAAACAAGAGGCCUUGCCUUCUGUGUAAGACAAGCCUCACUGCCAUUUCCUUUUCCAAUGGCAUCAUUAAUAACUGUCAAACUCUGGACUCUUAAUUGCAAGCUGGGCGAGUGGUCCAAUGGAACCGUCGAUGUUGAGUAAACACAUGGAAGCUUUACAAGAAUUACUGCCUGGAAUUUAACAAGGCCCUGGAUAUCCUGCCUGGAUGUGCAUAUAAUGCCCACAUUUACAACUCUCAGAUUUUCCCAUGAAGAGAAACCUCCAUUAAAAUAUCCUCUCCUUUACCUUUGUUGACAUUCACUCUCACUUAGACAAAACAUCUGGUUAGACAGAUCUUUGAGUGUUCUCGCAUUGUUUUAAUUAGAUUUUAAUAUGUACUGACGUUAUGGUACCUCUUUGACUAUACUGCAGCCUACUCAUUUUCCUUGCACAGGUGCUGUUGCUAAGA